UCAGAAUGUUAAACAAAAAAGAUGCAAAAUAUAUUUUAAAAUUAGAUGAUGACGUUUUUGUACAUGUAGGUGCUUUACUAAAAUUCUUAAAGCAAGAACUAUCACAGAGGGAUGUUAAACGUUUAAUACUGUGUGAUUCAAUUACAACCUUAAAAGUGAGAAGAUCUUGGCGUUCAAAAUGGCGUGUAUUACCAAAGGAAUAUCCAAACAAAGAAUAUCCAACUUAUUGUGCUGGUUGGGCUAUUUUAUAUACAGUAGAUACUGUUUUUCUUCUUUAUCGAGAAGCUCAAAAAGAACCCUAUUUUUGGAUAGAUGAUGUACACGUGACAGGAACACUAGCAAAAAAAAUCAACUUGACUCACAUAUCUGUAAAUUCUAUGAUACUUUCAGAAUAUAUGAUGGCUAUCUUGUUGAAAAGACAAAGAAUUAAAAAAGAUUUUAUUUUUGGUCCACCAAAUCUUAUGGAAACUGGAAUAAGAGCUUUACACAAUGCAGUUACUACUAAUAUUAUAAUUUAAUAUAAAAUAUACAUAGAAUUUUUCGUUUAUAUAAAUAAAACUAUCG